CUUGUAUGCAAAUAUAAGAGAUUGGUCUAACUUGGGUUUGGAUUUGAUUGCUCAAAAUAAAGUUGCAGUAAUUUUGAUGGCUGGAGGUCAAGGAACAAGACUUGGUUCUUCAGCUCCAAAGGGUUGUUAUGAUAUAGGCUUACCAUCUCAUAAGUCUUUAUUUCAGCUUCAAGCAGAGCGUAUUCUGAGAUUACAAAAUAAUGCUCAGGAAAAAUCUGGUGAAACUGAAGUCAUUAUUCCGUGGUACGUGAUGACUAGUGGUCCUACUAGAGCUGCCACUGAAGCAUAUUUCAAAAAACAUCAUUACUUUGGAUUAAAAGAUGAGAAUGUUAUCUUCUUUGAACAAG